UCUAUCUUUCCUCUUUCAUUUUCACUUCCCUAGAACUUUCUGCAUCUACAUUUUUCAAUCAAUUUUUUCCAAAAAAGUUCAACCCUUUUUUCUUUUCAAUAUUUUAUAAAUUAUAUUUAAUUCAAUUCAAUUUUUUAGAGAGAGAAAUCAAAGUUGUACUCUGCAAGUAAGAGAGUAAUAAUGGAGGUGUCAGAAACGAAGAGAGAGAAACCACUCACCUCAUCUACUUCGUCGGAAAUUACGACGUUCACCGGAAAAAGCGACUCCACGUUUCACACGUUUCUCGCCGUCGCAAUUUGGCUUGGUGCUAUUCAUUUCAAUGUCGCCAUUGUUUUAUCUUCUUUCCUCUUUCUCUCUCUUUCUAAAGCCUUAACGGUUUGCUGUGUGUUGUUGAUAUUAAUUUUUAUUCCGAUCAAUGAGAAGGACAAAUUUGGGCGGAAAUUAGCUAGGUUUAUAUGUAAACAUGCUUGUGGUUAUUUUCCGAUUACACUUCAUGUCGAAGAUUAUAAUGCCUUUGAUCGAAAUCGAGCUUAUGUUUUUGGCUAUGAGCCACACUCGGUUUUGCCGAUUGGUGUUGUUGCGCUUGCUGAUCUCACGGGUUUUAUGCCUUUCUCAAAGAUUAAGGUCCUUGCUAGUUCUGCUGUUUUCUACACUCCAUUUUUGAGGCAUAUAUGGACAUGGUUGGGCCUAUCUCCGGCAACUAGAAAGAAUUUUAAAGCUUGCCUGUCUUCAGGUUAUAGUUGCAUUAUAGUGCCUGGUGGAGUACAAGAGACAUUUCAUAUGGAACAUGGCUCUGAGGUCAUUUUUCUUAAGAACAGGAAAGGAUUUGUUCGCCUAGCUUUGGAAAUGGGCACCCCAGUGGUUCCAGUUUUCAGCUUUGGUCAGUCACAAGCCUAUAAAUGGUGGAAGCCCAGUGGAGAAUUGUUCUUGCAAUUCUCCAGAGCUAUAAGAUUCACCCCUAUAUUUUUCUGGGGACUUUUUGGUUCUCCUCUACCUUAUCGGGUUCCAAUGCAUGUGGUGGUUGGUCGACCAAUAGAUGUUAAGCAAAAUCCACAGCCCACUGCAGAAGAGAUUUCGGAAAUUCAUAGCCAGUACGUUGAGGCGCUACAAGACUUGUUUGAAAGGCACAAAGAAAGGGUUGGCCAUGCCAAACUCCAAUUAAAAAUUCUUUAAGUCCUUUGAUUGUGCUGUAUAAUUGUAUAUACACAUUACAUUACACGCCAAAAAAUGUCCCUGAUGUUGUAAUCUUCAGCCCUUUAGAAUUAUGCCAUAAUUGUAUCAUUAAUUUGUGCUAAAGCCAUUAUUAUGUGUUGUUCA